AUGGUAUACCAACCGGCUUCAUGGGAUGGUCGAGAGACCUCGCUCUUGACUCAGUACCUCGCUUACAUCCCCUCGGCCGAUUUCGAUACUCUGGAUGCGUAUAUGAAGAACCGGAACUCAGCCCUGUUCAAUCAAGAUGGUAUUCCUGGUCAACUUGCCGCUCAGAUCAAUACUGCCUACCCAUUGGCUGCGACGGUUGACGGACCGGGCGGAUCCAAGGACAGUACCUCGUCCGAUGGCGGUGACAAUGGCAAGACGAGAAAGAUCAUCAUUGGGGUCUGCGUCGGCAUCGGCGGCAUGUUGUGGAUUGGUCUCGUCUUCUGGAUUUACAAACGCGUCAAGAGGUCCAACGAGACCAGCGUCCAUCGACGAUUGUCAGAGCACAUGUCCAUGUUUGGAGACUUUAGGCGAUCAGAGUACGCUGGUCGUCGAGUAUCCCGAGCGCCCUCCUUGUCCCCCUCCGAAAUCGACGGUCGACCAUCCUCGUUUUACGCUUCGCCCUUGGAGAACGACCGAUCCAUGAGACAGGUUCAAGGUGAUCCAUUUGCAGACGGUAUGGCUACUGGCGUGUCGGGAUAUUCUGCCUAUACCGGUGCGACAGGCACCACGGGUGGUGGAGACACACCUACAAACUAUGGACCGAGCGUGUUUGGCAAUUCGUGGUUUGCUCAACCUGGCGGACGAAAAGACAUGCCACAUCCGCCCGUACCUGGCAUGACUGGCGGUGGACGCAGAUCCCCACCUACCAUGCGACAAUCUCAGAACCCAUUCGAAGAUAUUGUCACACGAUCAUUCUUGACCACUUCAGGUAGUAUGGAAGGGAUCAAUCGUCGAGCUCCAGGCGUCAGCAAAGGGAUGAUAUCUCAACCUAUCUUGCAGCAACACUCUCUGGAAUGGGAUGAACAGGAGCAUCGAGGCUUCGCAGCGUAA